ACAGUUUGUGGUGGGAAAACAUAAAGUGAAAGGGAAAAGAGGGUAUGUUAAAGUGUGAGAUAAACACACGAGUUCGUCAUAUUUUCCAUCAUCUGAACAUUUACCACUGGAACAAAAACGGGCGUCAUAUAUUAUCUCAUAUAUAUUAAAGGUGUUGGAUCGUGAUAUUUUAUACUCAUUUCCCAAUUUGAUAGAGCAGGAAGAACGCCGUUAGCUGCAUUUCCAGUCUCUGUUCAUCAACAUCUGUCUGCAUGUCUCCUGCCGCGCACGUUAAGUCUCGUUGUCCAUCAUAUACCGGCUCAGACACACCCCGCUUCCCUGUUCCAGAUGACAAAGUAAAUUGGGACACAGACUGGCCCCAGUAUAGCCCUGUUAACUAUACCGCCCCCACUGUGCUGAAAAAGCCUGUUUGGGCUGACCCAGAGAUUGGUGCAUUUUCCCCACAGUUCAAUUCUUUGGAUGGAUCUGUGGACAGGGGAAGCCACGAGGGCUCAUAUCAUAUCCAGAAUGGCAAACCACUUAAUCCACAUGGAAGAACUGGGCUAGAGGGCCGAGGAUUACUGGGAAGGUGGGGUCCAAACCAUGCCGCUGAUCCAAUAGUUACCAGGUGGAAAAGAGACUCUACAGGACAGUGUGUCCACCACACUAACUCUCAACUCCCUGUGCUGCAAUUUGUGUCCAUCAAGAGGUUGGACUGUGGCGAAUGGGCCAUCCCAGGGGGCAUGGUGGACCCUGAAGAGCGCAUUUCUCAAACAUUGCAGCGCGAGUUCUCAGAAGAGGCAUUGAACUCUCUGCAAGCAUCUCCAAGUGAGAGGGAAAAGAUCCAAAAGCGAAUCACUGAGCUUUUCGACUCAGCAGGUCUUCAGGUGUAUAAAGGUUAUGUAGAUGAUCCAAGAAACACAGAUAAUGCUUGGAUGGAGACAGUUGCAGUCAAUUUCCAUGAUGAAUCAGGCAAUAGUGUGAGUGAGCUUCCAUUGCAAGCAGGCGACGACGCAGGUCAAGUGAGCUGGAUUGAUGUUGACUCCUCCCUGGCCCUUUAUGCGAAUCACUUGCAUUUCCUAGAGACAGUCGCUAAGGAAAGAAAUGCCCACUGGUAACAGAAAAUAGUAAAAAGUGCUUUCUGUUUUAACAUAAAUGAAGGAAAUCUUUUUAUGAGUCUAAUUUGAAUGACGCAUAAAAAGAUAUGUAGCUUAGAUACAUAAGUCAGACAGAAACUAGGAAAAUCCGGCACAUAUUAAUAUGAAGUGUGUUGGCAGUUGGCACAUAGUAAUAUGAAGUGUGCACUGUUUGCCACAACACUGCCAAAAAUUGCAUUCCAAUAAACCAAAUGUUAACCUCAAUUAUCUAUAUGCUUUCUUAAUAUCCAGUAAAGCAUGGCUACUAGAAAUGGAGGCAUACAGAUUAAGUUUUCCUGUUACACUGAACUGACCACUACUGCUUGAUUAAGAACUCGUCUAUGACUCUUUCUGUAAUAACCAAAAGAAAAAAAAAUCAUACACUUAUUCUGUGUGUUGUAGUCUGUUGUGCUACAUUUCAAUAUUUUGAGGAAAAUGAUUUGCCGUAAAAAGUAUUUAAUACCGAAGUGAUUUGAUUUAUUUUAUUUUGACAUACUCAAAAAACUAGAGCAAGAAAUAUGAGAGUGUCAAUAUGUUUGGUCUGACUCUGAACAUCAUGGACAUUAUGAAUUUUCUCAAAGCCUGUUUCUUUUAUACUUGUUCAAGGAAAUCUCCAGGUUAAAAACAAGUCAAUUGGCCCUCAUUUUCUUAAUGAAAUAAAUGGAGGUUACAGUGGGGCACUUGAGUCAAAUAAGUACUUGCAUUGGUGUUUGCAACAGAUUUGAUCAUGUCAACAUUAAAGCUUAAGAGUGACACAAGGGAAAUAAAUUCUUGACGUUGGUUUUAACCUUGCAAAAAUUGCCAAGUAUGUGCUCUCAGAUUAGGGGACAGAGUUGUUGAUGAGGUAGAAAGAUCUGUCUCAGAGAUUUUCACUAUGGCUUCAGUUUUUUUAAAUUAUUCUGUGGUGACAAAAUCAUGUUUUUGAUCAUGAGCUUGCCAUCUGGUUAACAGUUGUACAUAUGAUUGUUGGUUGUAAGCUCCCAUUUAAGAGAUCUAAUUAAGACAGUUGAUCUAAUUAAGAGUAAAGAAAAAUCCAGUAAGAUAACGACAUUUCACCACACUGCUUAUUUGAUCUUACCCUUUUUAAGGAAUUCUUUUUGUGGCUGCAAUGAAUAUAUUACCCACUGAAUGAUUUCUUUAGAGCAUAAAUGUGUUGUGAUGGACAAAAAACAUUGUUUAAGUGCAUUUUAAAACAAUAAAUUAUAACUUACAUUGUAAAACAUUGUGCAAUUUCUCCUCACAUCUUUGAUCCAUUUUAGUUGGCCACUCUGUAACAUUAGUAAGAUGAAAUAUUUUCAGGUUACCAGUAACAGAAAAAAUAUUACUUACUAGCAAUAGGAAUACCCAUAAUCUGCUUAAUGUUGGCAAUCAAAUACCACAAUAUUUGGACAUUAAAAUGUUUUUGUAAAAUAAUAGGUCAGAACCAAAUCAACUUCCAACUUUGUGCGCAUCAACUAGAUUCCAUUUUUAAAUCUGUGACCAUUGGACUCAAAAAUAUAUAGUAACUUUAGUAUAGCAAGUUCUCAAUGCCUUUAACUGAGCACCUGAAAGUGUUAUCUUUUGUGUAUGAUCUUGUCUAUGAUGCCUUGCCAUCAUGAUUUAUCACUUACAUCUUUACAGCCUAUGAUUCAAGAUCUUGUAAAUCUUAUAGGUUUGAUUACAA